CGAGCACAUCGGUGAUAACAAGACAGAGAAGACUACCGUGAAACGACACCGCAACUGCAUACUCAGGUGAAAGCAGAGAUUUCUCUUCUUAGCGGGGAGUCCUGUAACACACAAAAGGAGGUCGCGUUAAAGUCUCGGUGUCAAAUGCAUGCUUGUCUUUCUUGUUCUUCGCAUAGACGCACAAGCCGUGGAGGUUAUUUGGCACCGCGAGGGACAGCCGGACUAACUUUAGAUAGUAGGCUAGCUAGCCAACGCGUCUGGCUAGGUAGGUAGCAAAGUAUUCAGAGCAAGCUGACUUUACAUGAAAUAUCUGUGACGUGGUGACAUUUGCAGUGAAAGUUAAGCUGUUACCACGAACAUGAUUAGACCUGGAGGUGUUCUUAAGCUGGCAGCGGUGGCUGCUGCCUUUCUGUUAGCCGUCUUCUUUGCUUUCGAGCUCCUAGAUAUCAACAUGGGGGAGUUUAACAUUGGACAGAUGUUUGCUCGGUCGGCACCACAGGACCCUGUCCAAGGGCAAGGCCAGCCAGGCAAGGCCAUACCAAAAGCGACGCGGCCUCCAAGGAACAAGUGUGGCCUGUCCAAGACCUGCCCUGAUGGCCACUUCUCCUUCAAGAUGGCCAGCGGGGCCGCCAGCGUCGUGGGACCAAAGAUGUGCUUUGAAGACAAUGUUGUGAUGAGUGGGGUGAAGAACAACGUGGGUCGUGGCAUAAACAUCGCCCUCAUCAACGGCGAAACGGGAGAGGUUGUGAAGACUGGCUUCUUUGACAUGUGGGCAGGAGACGUGAACGAGCUGAUUAACUUUAUGAAGACGAUUACAGAUGGGACACUGGUGAUGAUGGCCACCUUUGACGAUCCUGCUUCCAAGCUGAACGAGGAGGCCAGGAAGAUUAUUGCUGAGCUGGGCAGCAGCAGUGUGACCACGCUGGGCUUCAGGGACAACUGGAUAUUCGUAGGGGGGAAGGGCAUCAAGACCAAGAGCCCCUUUGAACAGCACAUUAAGAACAACGCUGAGACAAACAAGUACGAGGGCUGGCCCGAAGUGCUGGAGAUGGAGGGCUGCAUCCCCAAGCGACAAGAGUGACACCACACAUACACACACACUCACACACACACACACACACACAUCCACACACACGAACACACAGUCCUCUUUGACUUCCUCUCUCAAAGCUUGAACAUUGGCACAUUAGCACAUUGGCAAAACUAGGGGAAAAAUGUUGCCAAAGCUGACACACACUAAUGCAAACAGAUUUAAAAUCUGUUUUUAAGGGUAAAAAUCUGAAAAAGAAGGGAGUAAGUGUAAGACCAAUACAAAAGGGAAUUAUUCUUGUUUCUCUCUGUCUCUCUGUCUCUCUCUCUCUCUCUCUCUCUCUCUCUCUCUCUCUCUCUCUCUCUCUCUCUCUCUCUCUCUCUCUCUCUCUCUCUCUCUCUCUCUCUCUCUCCUCCCCAAAGCUCUGUUCCCAGCUGAGUGUCAC